GACUUUCGUGAGAUGCAUAAUGAUUAUGACCAGUUUGAAAGGUGCCACGUUGGGAAUGAUCCUAUAGUUAUUGGAGAUAGCAUGCCCAAAGCGCCUUCUAGUAUGUAAAUCACAAAUUUGAUUUUCUUUUUAGCUGUUGUUUUUUGAAAAUAUUACUCUUGAUUAUACUUUUAUAUGUUUAGUGUCUGAUUUUGAUGGGGUUGGUCGAGAUGGAGGUGUCAUUGGUGUCAAUGUGAAGAACAUCACAGCAAGUCAUGGCGUAGUUAAUGAUGAUUUGCGUUCUGCCCCAUUCGUAAAUGAGCAUAAUCUUGGCUUGGAUUCUAACUUUGAAAUGUUUGCAUCUGCAAUUGAUCAAAUCAUCGUCAUUACACAACAAGCAACAUAUAAGCAGUCAUCUCAUGAUGUUAAAAAGUCGGGACUUGCUCCGUUUCCAUUAGGAAUCCCUGCACAAACACGAGCAAAUGUUGUUAUUGAGUCUAAUACUGCUCCACAUGCAUCUCGGGUUGAUGGUAUUGGUCAAGUGGAUGUUGGUGACAGUAAUGUGAAUUUGCCUUCUGUUGGGGGAUCCUCGAAGGUUAUCAAAGGAAGAUUUUCAUUUGUAAAUGACAUUUCAGUGGCUGUUGAUUAUAAGCUUACGACUGCAUUCUCAAACUUUGUCGAAGCAAACAUGCAAUUGGGAGAGGAAAUGUAUUUACCUGGUGAUCAAAAGUUGGACCCUUGUUUUGACUUCAAAGUUGAACAGAUUGAUGACAAGACGUUUUUCCAUACCUAAACCUAUUCUGGCAGGCUGCUGUCU